ACGUGAAGUCCUCCGAUGUGGGCUUAACAGAGAAGAAGGGUGCUGCUGGCAGAGUGCAGAUGGCGGCGGCGGAGGCAGUGCACCACAUCCACCUGCAGAACUUCUCACGCUCGCUGCUGGAGACCCUCAACGGGCAGCGGCUAGGCGGGCACUUCUGCGACGUGACCGUGCGCAUCCGCGAGGCUUCGCUGCGUGCCCACCGCUGCGUGCUGGCCGCCGGCUCGCCCUUCUUCCAGGACAAGCUGCUGCUGGGCCACUCUGAGAUUCGCGUGCCGCCGGUGGUGCCCGCGCAGACGGUGCGCCAACUCGUGGAGUUUCUGUACAGCGGCUCGCUGGUGGUGGCGCAGGGCGAAGCGCUGCAGGUGCUCACGGCUGCGUCGGUGCUUCGCAUACAGACGGUGAUCGACGAGUGCACGCAGAUAAUCGCGCGCGCUCGUGCCCCGGGCACCCCUGCACCCGCGCCCCUGCCUGCGCCUGUGCCCCCACCGCUCGCACCCGCGCAGCUGCGCCACCGCCUGCGCCACUUGCUAGCUGCGCGUCCCUUGGGGCACCCCGGCGCUGCACACAGCCGCAAGCAGCGCCAGCCUGCGCGUCUGCAGCUGCCCGCACCCCCUGCACCCGCCAAGGCAGAGGGGACUGACACUGACCCCGCACUGUCUGUGGCCCCUGACGACCGAGGGGACGAUGACGAGGAGGAGACUGAUGAAGACACCGAUGUUGAAGACGGCGAAGGUGGUGGCCCGGGUGAGGGCCAGGCGCCCCCUUCCUUCCCAGACUGCGCAGCUGGCUUCCUCACUGCAGCUGUUGACAGUGCGUGCGAGGACCCUCCUGCACCCUCCGGCCUCGCUGACUAUGGCGGUGCGGGGAGGGACUUCCUUCGGGGAGCUGCGGCGGCCGAGGACGUGUUUCCAGACAGCUACGUAUCUGCUUGGCAUGAUGAGGAUGGUGCUGCCGCCGAAGGCUGUCCUGCGGAGACCCCUGUCCCGCCCGACUGCAUCCUGGCCGGACCCCGCCUGCCUGGUGUAAAGACCCCAGGGCCACCUGUCGCACUAUUCCCAUUUCACCUGGGUGCUCCUGGGCCCCCGGCCCCACCCCCUCCCGCACCAUCUGGGCCAGCCCCUGCACCCCCACCCACCUUCUACCCCGCACUUCAGCCAGAUGCGGCCCCCAGUGCUCAACUGGGGGAGGCCCCAGCCUCAUCUGCCGCUCCCACCACGGCCCCCUCGGGCACCGCUGCACGCCUCCCAGGUGCCGAGCCGCCCGCCUAUGAAUGCAGCCACUGCCGCAAGACGUUCAGCUCUCGGAAAAACUACACCAAGCACAUGUUCAUCCACUCGGGGGAGAAACCGCACCAGUGCGCGGUGUGCUGGCGAUCCUUCUCGCUGCGCGACUACCUGCUCAAGCACAUGGUCACGCACACCGGCGUGCGUGCCUUCCAGUGCGCCGUCUGCGCCAAGCGCUUCACGCAGAAGAGCUCGCUCAACGUGCACAUGCGCACGCACCGGCCCGAGCGCGCGCCCUGCCCCGCCUGCGGCAAGGUCUUCUCGCACCGCGCGCUGCUGGAGCGACACCUGGCUGCGCAUCCGGCACCUUGACGGGCCCGGUCCUGGCCUCGCUCGCUGGGAAUCCGCUGCACGCCAUGGGGGCGGUGCUGACCCCGUCGCCAGACCACGCCAUCUCUGGAGCCCGGGCCGUCCAGUCCCUCACCCCUCCUCCGUGUAGGGGCCGGGUCCGCCUUACUCCUCUCCUCUCUCCUCCCCGUACUCCGAUCCUCCAGGUGGUGCGAGCUUGGAGCUAGCCAGAGACCUGACCCAGUUCUGAGAGCUGGACCACAUCCAGUCUGAAGCCGGCUCUCAGACCCUUGGAGCCCGGCCCGAGAUUCGUGUCACCCACUCUGGUUCGCGCCUUGCCCCCUCCUGUGAGGGGAGGGGGCAGGGGUGGGAGGAGGUCUGGGCAGCUUGCUUGCCACAGUAUGGGACUGGGCACAGCCCUGGCUCCCUACCCCGAGCUACUGGUCUCUCAUGAGGCGUCAGGAGGCUCCGGUGGACCCAUCAUAAAAUGAGGCCAGGCCUCGGACUCCUGCUCCGUAAUAAAGGACUGUGGGCCAUCAGGCCUAAACCACAAA